CCGAGAGAAGGAGAGUGAGAAAAAAGAGAAUUUUUUAGCACGUUACUUCGUAGCACUGAUAGAUAUCAGGAACUAAAUAGACACGUUAGUACGCUGAUGGGUAGUUCUUGAUACUACUUACCUACUAACUAGAUCAUACUUUAUGAAUUAAACCUACCUGCUCUUGCCAGACACAUCAAUCAAUCAAUCAAUAAGUAUUACUACUACAAAUACAGACACAGAUACGCAUCUACUCCUAGUACCAGUACCAAUAUAAACCCCACAAAAUCGUCGAAAAUGCCGGAAAGCCGUGUGUACAACUUCUCGGCUGGUCCUUGCAUCAUGCCAGUGGAGGUCCUGGAAGAAUGCAAGCAGGACAUGCUUAACUACAAAGUAAGGCUAGUUUGUCGCUAUCCCAUAUUUAUACAUAGAUAGAAGACUAUCUUCCUGCCGCUGAGUGGAGUCUCCCUUGAUUUAAAGGGCGGAACAAUAUUUAAGGGGAAAAGGGGAACUCACUCAACGAACCAGGCAACGGGAAAAACUACCGCUAAACAAAGGUGCUGGCAUGGGCGUGAUGGAGAUGAGCCAUCGGUCGAAAGACUUCUUAUGGCUGAAGACUUCAGUUCGAAUAAUUUGGAAGGUCAAAGACUUUUUAGAUAGUGCGUAGAUCUCAUUUUUAUCAUCAACAUCACAACGCUUAUUAUAAAGCCAUAUUGAGGACGAGGACAUCUUUGUGUUUGUGUUCCCCUUCUAAUCUUUGUGGCGAUCUACAAUCAAACGGAGAAGGACUUGCGUGACGUCCUAGCCGUCCCCGACAACUACAAAGUUCUUUUUCAACAAGGUACAUGAUUCCUUACCUCCUCGCUCUACUCGUACUCAGACGACUUAAUGAUGUUUAUGUUACUUCUCAAUACUAGAUGAGGGUCGUGAGAAGUUAGAUUGAGAAGAUGAAUUACAAUUACUGGAAUUGGAGAGAGACCGAUACUGCUUUUUGGUCGCAAAAUUUGUUCUAUUGGUGUACAGGUGGAGCCUCUCUUCAGUUUGCGGCAGUGCCUAUGAACUUCUUUGGUGGUGGUAAGACGCAUGCUGACUACGCCGUCACUGGUCAAUGGACAGAGAAGGCAGUAAAUUAUGAUGUUGGGCUUUCUUCUUCUAGCAAGUAGAAAAUGGACCAUUUGAGGGUGUGCAGCAUAAUGAUAAUGACUACAGUUGUAGAUACAUAAAAAUAAGUUCUUGUGGUUGGACAACUAGAAGUCCUAAUUUUAUUAAUAUCCGUGACGUUUUGGUUUUCGAAACUCCUGUACUAGGCUUCGAAGUAGUAGCAUCUUUCUGUUCAACUUGUCCUAGAACGUAGGAGCAAAGAAGGGACUAGUGUUCUCAAAUAAUCGACAUCUACUACGCAUGACUCCCAUCUCUUCUCUAAUCCGAAGAAGCGCAGAAGUACGGGACAGCCACAGCAGUGUGCAACACCAAACCCGAAAAAUUUACUCAUAUUCCACCUCAGUCCGAAUGGAAAAUGAGUGAUCCCGAAACAACCGCAUACUUCCAUUACUGUACUAUAUUUUAAAGCACUAUAUUUGAAAUCAAAUAGCCACAUGUUGACGUAGAUGUACCUAGUCUUUUGAUCACGGAAAUUCUGAAUCGUAUUGUUCUGUUCACUAUUUUAACCACUUCUGCUUUUGCUAACCAUGAUAAUUAGAAUUACCAAUUCCACACACUCGCAUCACAGGUGACAAUGACAUUCGACUUUCACAAUUCCACACCAGGUGACAAUGAGACUGUGAACGGUGUCGAAUUUGGAUACGUUCCCGAAGUCUCUGUUCCUCUGGUUGGCGACAUGAGUUCGAAUUUCCUCACCAGACCUGUUGAUGUUUCUAAGGUACAAUAAAUCUGAGUUGUCACAAGAAGAAAUGAAAUCUGUCUAUCUAUCUAUCUAUGAGUCACAAGAAGAAACAAAUCAUCUGAGCUAGAGCUUGUUUGUUCUUGACCACAAGGUGAAACCAUUUGCCGCAAGUAGCACACUGGAGGUCAAGUAACAACUUUCUAUCAAUUAUAUCUCUAACUAUCUUGUUCACUCAAAGUCAAAAAGAAUACGAACACCAACCCAGCUACUUCCCUCUUCAACUAGUACCUCAACUAUUACGUACUAUGUAUAGUCUCUUCAACCUCAACAAAUCCAGUUCGCCAUGAUUUAUGCUGGUGCACAGAAGAACGCGGGCCCAGCUGGAAAUACAAUAUGUAUCAUCAAAGACGAAUUCAUCGGCAAGCAAAUGCCGAUCACGCCAACAGUGAUGAGCUGGAAAUCUCAGUGUGACGCGGAUGGAAUGUAAUAUGUUUGUUUUGGAAUAAUCACCACGUCUAUAUAUGAUUUUUUUCGUUGGCAAUGAAUCUAAAACUAAAUCCUAAUUGAGGAACCAGUACUACCAACAGUACCCCAACCGAUCUAAUCAGGAAACUUCCACGUAUACUCCCACCAACAUCCGAUCCCUCAAGGUACAACACUCCGCCGUGCUACAGCAUCUACGUUACCGGAGUGUAUCUGAAGUACACGAAAUCAAAAGGCGGACUCGCCUACUGGGCCGACCAGAGUGCAAAAAAGAGCAGCAUGCUAAGGCUAGUUGUUUUUCACUAUCCCAUAUGAACUAUCUAUCUAUGCUCCUGACUGAGUGGAGUUCCAUGUAUGACGACAAAGUCUAUCAUCUCUGUCCGAGUGAAUGAGAAAAAUACUCUGCUCGACCACAAAGAGAACGAGAACCGAAAAGGUUAAGAAUAUGAAAGUGGAGAGAUUCGCGCAACACAUCCUAAACAAGACGCUCUCGCUAGCAGUCCAACCCUACCGGACGCAGCAGAAGCUGUCAAGGAUAAAGAAACUGCUUCACAGUUUGAACUUGCUAAAGUCUCUGUCAAGCAAUUGCCUGCUGAUCCUGCCAAGGACGCAGCAAACAACGACGACAACAACGACCAAGGAAUCCCAAUUCCAGUCGUUCCUGUAGCAAAAGAUAGGACUUCGCCCGCAGCUACUAAGCUGGAUAUAAUCUAUUAUAAUCCAGAUAGUCUGAGAAAGCUAGUAACAGAGCGAAUUCCCCAUCUCUCUCUGUUAUUAAAGCACUCGCCCGACGUUCUCGCAUUUGGUGAAACCCGCAUGGCCACCAAAGCAGAACCAAAAGUCAAACAAGCUUUAGAACAGCUCGCGCCUGAGUAUGAGAUAACCUUCAAUACCAACAAACGCGAUGGAUUCGCCUCUACAGCCGCACUGGUUAGAAAGGGCUUAGGCAUUCGCGUAGAGCGUACCGCUCUAAGUAACGGACGAGGUAUGUUGGUACAUCAUCCCAAGUGUCCCAUUCCGAUUCUCAUCGUCUACGCGUGCUUUCGUGAAGACGUGCAAAGAACUCAGUCAUGGGACCAAGAACUUCAUAAGUACCUGUCAGCACAGACGGCAGCACCUAUGAUUAUGGGAGAUUUAAACUACUGCCCAUCAUCUCUGGACUUCGAGCCAGAAUGCUUAAAGGCAGCCAUUCCAGGAGUAAGAGAAACUGACCAAGAAGCUUGCGUAACUCUUCUUACAAAGUUCCAACUAAUGGAUGCAUACAGAAACUUAAGACCCAAUGGAAAAGACUACACAUGUAUCACCUGGGGACACAAGUACCCAGAUGCUACUGGAAAAGGCAUGCGCAUUGAUCAUGUCUUUUAUCCACAAGCACACGCUGGAUUAGUCACAAGAUUCCACGUUCUAAAGAAUGUUCGACGCGCAUGUGGUGAACAUUAUCCAAUUGGAAUCACAUUCAAGCAAUUGGAGGGGAUUCCAAUUAAUUCUACCCCUCAAGCAAAUCUAGAUGCAAAACUACCUGCAAUAGCCGACGGCACUGACAUCCCUACGCAGUCACAUCUGACCAAUGUGUCCACUGGGUAAGUAGGGGAUCCGGUCAAUCCUACUACUAAUGUCAAUGCUAGGAUAGGUAAUCUAGAUUCUGCUAAAACAGAAAAAGGAAAAGAAGAAAAUAAAGGGCCCAGGAUCGAAAUAAAGCUUACUAAAACAGAACUUGAUAGACUCUAUCAAGAGUUUCAAGAAGAAGCGCGCAAGAUCCUAAAAGAACUAAGACAACAACAAAAAGGAAAGCGUCUCCACUGGCGAGAACGCAAAGCAGGGGUUAGACGGAUUCGAGGUCUAUUCAAAGAGCAUCCAAAGUAUGAACACCUUAAGCCAGCGCAGGCAGAAGCCGCUGCUGCAAAAGUGUUACAUAGACUCGAGAUGGAACCAAAUCCACUCGAUGAAGAGCUAGAGCUUCUCUUGGCAGUCUGUGAAUUCGUCGAACUCGACGAUGAUGAGACGCCGCUAGUGCUUCUCACUACAGAAGGAAAAAGUCCAAACUCGCAAGAGCAGGACAAAUACGACGCUCCAGAAUGGAGAAAGGCUAUCCAAAAAGAACUCAACGCGCACAAGCAUGUUUUCAGAAAAGCUACAGAACAGGAAGUCGCUGAAUAUCCAUACAAGCGCAUACCGUGCAGGCUAUUACUGUCGGUAAAGCGUGAUGGACGCCACAAGGCACGCAUGGUAUGUAUGGGAUUCUUAGCACCUAAGACCCAUCUAUCCACGUAUGCCGCGGUAACAGAUAUCAGCGUAGUAAGGCUUAUGAUUGCGCUCGUAGUACUAUCUCGAGGGAGAAUCAAAAUUAAGUCUGCUGACGCAACUUCGGCAUUCUUACAAUCUCCAUACCCUGAGCACGUUCUAAUCGAACUUGACUCCAGGUUGCAAUCUGUCUUACGCUAUUCCGUAGGAAAGGUUCUGUACUCCAUGAACGGGCUAAAGCUAUCUCCCGCUGCAUGGGCCAAGUACAGAAACGAAGUACUCGUCAGUAUAGGUUGGCAACAGUGUGCUAUAGAGCCUACUCUUUGGCACUUGUCCAAUGUCAUCCUUAUAAUCUUCGUCGAUAACUUUUAUUUCUUCGGUGACGAAGAAUCUUUUGCUAAAGUCUAUCCUGAAGUGGCUCACAGACUCGACCUUGUCGAAGAACCACCUCAAGAAACGGCUACUGAGUUCAUUUAUGAUGUCUUGAGCAUUCAAGUGCGUCUUAAUAAACUCACAUGGUCCGCUAUCCUCGACCAAACUCAAUACACGCAGAAACUGCUCAAGCGAUUUGGAGGGGAAGAUGGCAAGUAUGUUCCUACUCCAAUUGAAAUCGCUCCAGCAGCUUCUAAAGUACCUCUUGAACCUGACGCACUAGCAGCAUUCAACAAAGAGAGAAUGUCUCUGCUAGGCAGUUUGCAAUAUCCUUGCAUUGCUACAAGACCAGACUUAUGCGUCGCGUUGAAAGUACUUGCUACUUCGGAUAUCAACGAGAACACAAUCCAAGGAUUGAAGCGAGUAGUCCGCUACUUGCGUACACAACGCGUUCUCCACUACGUCGCACCUGACUCCUUCACAGGUGAACUCAUCGUAGAAGUUUCCACUGAUUCAGAUUGGGCAUCGCUACAGAGCCUCACUGAAUGGAGAAGCAAUUCAGGCAUCUUGGUAGAGUUGUGUGGAAUUGCUAUCCAGUGGAAAUGUAGAACUCAAGAUACAGUCGCUACUUCUGUGUCUGAGGCUGAGUUAUACGGGAUGAGUGAAGGAGCUAAAAUGGGUCUAGUUUACAGAAACCUACUUUCUGUAACGCCAUUAAAAGAGUUUCUAAUGCGUUUUGGAUUCUCUCUGCAAAGAACCCUGAAACAGUUCGGGGACAAUCAGGGCGCUAUAAAACAUGUUACAGGCAAUCAGCCAGUUGCUCGCCUGAAGCAUGUAGUUAUACGUAGUGCGUAUAUCAAAGAGCUGAUCAAUACGGGAGAAGUGCAAGUCUUCUUCCUUGAAUCUGCUAAAAAUCGAAGUAACGUCUUAAGUAACAUUUGUCGUGGUAUUGAGUUUAAACGUGGACUAUUACAAUUAAAACUCCUCCAGGUUGAAGCUAUUGAUGCGGAAGCCGAAUAAGCCGAAAGCGAAAAAAGAAAAAAACAGGAAAAGCAAAAAGGGAAAGUACUAGUAGUAAAAGUAACCGCGUACGAAACGAACAAUGGGAAUUAUCUGGUUGAACAAGAUGAAGACUUAACAUAAGUGCACUGAAGUAAUUAAUUAAAAAGUAAGAAAGUGAAAGUACUCAAGUGCUGAGUAGUAGAAAAGUGAAAAAGGUAAAGGUUGAAAGAAAGAAUUAAUUAACGAAAGUAUUGAACAUCUCACCGACUAAGUCAAGUAUUUAAGUAUUUGAAAAAGUGAAGAAGGAAGUACAAAACAAACAAGUAAGUAAGUAAAAACGGCCGUCCUGCAGUGAAAAAGGGAAAGUUUUCCAUAAGUGAAACAAGUAAGUAACUCGAGUAACGUCAUCCAUUUCCCAAGUAUUGAAAACUAAGAAUUCAAGCAUAUCAGUCCUAGAAGUUAAGAAAUAUGUAAUUAAAUAUUUUCCAACGUUCUCAGGGCCGAACAGAGUAGGAGGGGACGUAUGGCGACAAAGUCUAUCAUCUCUGUCCGAGUGAAUGAGAAAAAUACUCUGUUCGACCACAAAGAGAACGAGAACCGAAAAGGUUAAGAAUAUGAAAGUGGAGAGAUUUGAGAAAUAGGAGCGUGCCCAAAUAUGGCACGACUCCAAUCAAU